AUGGCUUUAGAGAUCCUUCCAGGCUGCAAUCCAUGCCGACGAACUACAGAAUUUUGCAACAAGCCAUCGCUGGCAACUUCUGUUUACCCUCCAGGGUUGUCAGCACCAUAUGGCUCCGUUUCUGCAAACCUUUAUGAUUUUGAGGUGAACAUAACAAUUGGGAACGUGACAGAAACUUCCAUAUUGGUGGCAUGGAAUACAACACAGUACCCUGGUGUUGAAGUGUAUUUUACCAUAGCAUUUAACAACACACCUAUCAAUAACGUUAGCAGUCCUCACUUAAUAGAGAACAUGACCGAUGGAGAGGUGCAUAGUCUUCAAAUCACGUCCACUGUAACGGGGAGAGACAUGAGGACUGAGUCUGUAAUGUCAAAAGUGGAAUAUGUUAGAACAGCUCCAAGGCAACCAAAUGUUACUCUCGAUCCGCCUUAUAAUGCACCAAGUAUAACCAUUAGAUGGACACCAAGAAAUCCAUACUUCAGCGUGUUUUACAUAUAUUUUACGGGUCCUGGUGUUAACUUUGUUGCCUCCACAACUGAUACAAACAAAACAUUCACUGAUCUGAAGCAUGGAACAAUCUACUCUUUCACAAUUGUUCAAGAAACAGAUGAGCCAUAUAGAAGAAACAGCUCUGAUUUAACCAAAGAAUUUCGCACAGAGCCUUCAGUCCCACGUCCACCUACAUAUGUUGGGGCAAAUGCUGGACAACGGAAUAUAACAAUAAAUAUAACUGACACUGAUAUGCCUAAUGGAGGUAUCAUCCAGUAUAUUUUCCAGCUGACUUACAAAGUGUACAGAGACGAGGCAGAUCGUCAUGGCGUGAUCAUUCUACCACAGAAAGACUCGGGCAUAUAUAUACUGGAAUCACAGAGACAUGGACAUAUUUUUCCAG